GCUGUCUAUGUUGGACAUUGAUUUGCCGUCGUCGUCUAAACACAAGGGGUUCAAACAAAGACUAAUUCAAGUCUCUCUCUCUAUAUGUAUAUAUAUUUAUGUGCAUUUCUUUGUCUCGUAAUAUAUAUAUCACCGACGGAAGACGAGAUGCACAUACGGUUCUCUGAACCUUCUGUAGCCUCCUCCGCGGGAGAGGCCUACUUGAGAUCGUGUGAGGGCAAUGGCGCUCAUAGGGGACCUCACCACCGUCGCCCAGCUGAUCGCGAAGAUUUCAGACGCCGUUUCGACUGCGAGAGACCUCCCUCGGGUUUGCCGGAGAUUCGCCGUCCACCUACAGGACGUCGGCAGGCAUUUGGAGCCGCUAAAGAGGGCGGAACUCGAUGAAGCCACGCAGCAGACGUUGGCGAACCUGCAGCGAACUCUGGAGUGGUCAUACGAUGUCAUCGUCAACUGCAGCAGACGCAGUUAUGCGUAUCGCCUGAUCAAAGGCAAGAGCAUCCGAGACAAGAUCAGAGAAGCGCAGGACGAGAUCGAUAGGAUCUUGAGGCUGUUUCCUCUCAUCCAGCUAUCGCAAGACUAUGGAUACAGGCCAUCGUAUGGUUCAUCGGAUGAUGAAGAGGAGGAUUCCGAGCAGCUUCGUCCGUAUGACUCCGAAGAUGAAUACAGUGACGAAGAGCACCGUUCGGGUGGCAUAAUUGAAGAGUAUGUGCCGAAAUUUAGAAAUUUAUCUCUGAAUGCUGAUGCCAAUGUCAACAGAAGGCUAAACGAAGAGUGGGUCGACGACGACCAUGAACAGUCGGAUGACGAUGAUGACGACGGUGAAGAGUCGGAUGACGAUGACGACGACGGUGAAGAGUCGGAUGACGAUGAUGACGACAGUGAAGAAUCGGACGAUGACGAUGACGAUCGUGAAGAAUCAGACGACGACGACGACGACGACCGUGAAGAAUCGGACGAGGAUGAGUACCACCCACAUUAUAGUUAGAGAGAGGAUCUAUUAGGCCGUUUUUUAUCUUAAAGGAAUUUGGUAUUGCAAUGAUGUUGAACAUAUCAAUUCGUAGUUCGGAUUUGCAGUGGCGAAAGAGGCUUUUAUGUAUCUCGAAACAAUUUGG